AUGAAACCCCUCACACCGCUCAUCCUGUACACACUCUCCACCACCACCAACCCAACCAUCAACGUAUCCUCAAAAACCCCUACCUUCAUAACAUCUAUCGUAACGGCGACAACCCCCCAGACAUCAGUACAUACCAUAUCAAACACCCCAGCACCACCGAACAAGGAGACAAACAGCAUCAUCCCCGGCACUCUAUUGAACUCACAUAACGAACCCAAACCCCCCGAACUCUUCCCCGGCAAUACAUGCAUCUACACAACCCUCCCCCUCCCCGCGCACACACUGACAGAGUUCUGUGCGAACGUUUAUGCAAAGAAACCGUACCGAGGGCGGUUGGGUGUACAGAUCCUAGGCCGUGAAACGGAUGUGCUCGUCAGCGAGGAGAACGCUGUGGAUGUUUGUGGGAGGUCUGCGGAUAGUGGACUAACAGACGAGGAGAGCGAAGGUGGGGAUGGGGAGGUGUAUAUCGGGUUCCACGUCCCCUGGCCUGUGGUAGAGGAGCAGGAACACAAGGGCGAGCCAUGGGUGGAAGGUUGCGCAUAUCCAGUUAUGCUCCUGGUAAGUCGGGAGGAUGCGGUGGGGGUGUGUUGUGCGGAUAUCGAAGGUGCUACUCAUGUUGUGGAGUUGUCGGUUCGGAUGCAAGCUGCUACGACGACGCAGAACUUGUGUCUUGCUUCGUUGGCGGGACGCUCGUGUUUCUCGUCAGUCUUGAGUACGACUAUGAUGGCGCAUCCUUCGACUACAAGGCAACACUUUCCCCUUCCAACCUUACCCUCCACCCCAGUUCAAAAAUACUCAUCACCCACAACCCCGGCAGCACAAGGCGACGACGAUCAACAUCUAACCUCAUCUACAUCUACAUCCACAGAAGAGCAGAGCUCUUCCCAAGAAAAGCACGUCAGUGUAGUUUGGGGCAGAGUAACGCACACCCCGAUGGCGUGGACCGUGUAUUUGGGGUGGGUGAUGUUUGGGAUGCAGAUUGUGGGUGGGAUGUGGCAGUUUGGCAGGCACUUGAGGGGCGAUUGGAGGGUGGGGAGGUGGUUUGUUUUGUGA